AUGGACCCCGAGAAGGGCGAGGCGACUCCCCGAGUGUCCAAGAUCAACAGGAUCAAGAUUUUCUCCAACCUCAAGAAUAUUGUUGUCAGCUCUAUGCUCGCUAUCUGUCUUCUUGCUGUCAUGUUUGGUAUGGGUGUUCUUGGUGCAACCUACGCCGAGAAGAAGCUUUCUUCUGAAGAUUCGGUCACCAUUGUCGCAGGUCCUGAGCCCGAUCAUGAUUAUGCCCUGGCCCGCCGCGAUGAACCUCUCGGUGCUUCGUACCCUAUCUCGACUAAGACUGCUCUGUCCACUCUCUACAGUGUUAGCUACUUCCCCACUCACGAGGUGGUAACUGAGGUCGAAACUGUUACUGGCACCACCUAUGUCACCGUACCCAAUGAGGUUCAUGUGUCUGUUUCUGUCGCCACCAUUGAGAGCAGCUCCGAGUACUGUGAGAUCCAGGUUGUCACCAUGACUGAGAGUUAUACUAUCACCAUCACCCCGGAUGGAGAGUACUCGGCCACCUCUGAUGCUCUUCCUGAAGCCACUGUUACUGGUAACCCAGAGACUGUGACUGACACCCAAACCGGCUUCACUUUGACAAACCCUCUACCUGAUGCCACUAUUUCUGGUAACCCUGAAACUGUCACUGAAACCCAGACCGACUUCAGCCUCACCCAUCCUCUGCCUGAAGCUACUGUCACUGGGAACCCGGAGACUGUGACUAACACUCAAACUGACUUUACUCUCACCAACCCUCUGCCUGAUGCCACGGUUUCUGGUAACCCUGAGACUGUUACGGAUAUUCGUUUGAGCUUCACAGUCCCUGGUAUUCACACUACCAUCACCAUCUCAGAUAUUUAUCCCCCUGGGCAAGAUCUAAGCACCAUCCAAGGGACAGUCACUAGUCACAAGUCCCUCACGACCAUGACCGUCACGGAACCAUGUGACGUGUCCCUUACGAUCAUCACUGUGACGGGACCAUAUGAGAAGCCGUCCUUCGAUGUGCCUGUGGUGCCUGUAACGCCGACAAGUACUUGGACCACGACUGUCUAUGAACCUGGCACACCUUGGACCUCUACUACGACUGUCCGGGUUCCAGUCAUUGAUUCUCCUCCCUAUCCAACGACGAACAAUACCACGAUUCCUGGUGUCUCCGGCACCAUCCCCUUACCCCCUGGGCCUUCUUCUACUACUCCCGUCGCCGUGAGUAUCUCUGCUGGCACCAAGAAGCCCGAGCCUCGCGGCUGGGGAGGCACAAGUGGCACCACCAACCUCAGCUGCACUAUUAUGCUGGUAGCGAUCAUGAUGUUUGUCCUCUAA